AGCAGUAGGUAAUUUUAAAUCUGUGCAUCCCACUUCCUCCAACGAAAAAUGAAAGUUAGGGAGUCCAAAUUUACCCAAAAAUAAUGAGAUAUUCCCCAAAGCCGACUAAACUUCAUCCCAUUAAUUUUGAGUAAAAAAAAUCAUUCCCUCUAUCUCGUUUUCCGGCAGUGAAAUAAGGACAGCAAAUUAAAAUUACCUACUGGUAGGUAAUGGAUUUUAAGUGUAACCUGCAAGUUACGGCGGGUAGCCUAGAGACUUACCUAGCUGCGUUGGUAUUGUGCCACUUUGACGUUUAAAUUGAGUUCGUUUUGAAGUGUUUAUUUCCAAUUCUAUCAAGAACAGUACUGAUCGCGAGCGUGCUGCAAAAAUUAAAUUUCAUCUGGAAUAAAUUGUGCUGAUUGAAGACAACAAAAUGAGCUCCAUUCAGUGCCAGUUGUGGAUGGGGAGUCUGGAGACGUACAUGACGGAAAGCUUCAUUCUUGCUGCCUUCCGGAAACUUGGCGAGGAUCCGCAGACCGUCAAGCUGAUGAGAAAUAAGUACACUGGGGAGCCGGCCGGGUAUUGCUUUGUAAGCUUCAAAACCGACGAAGCAGCAAUAGAUGCCAUGCAUAAGCUGAAUGGUAAACCUAUUCCGGGAACAAAUCCUUUAGUACGCUUCCGGUUGAACAGUGCCACCAACAAUCAGAGUAAAGCACUACUUGCGGAU